CUAGCCCUGUUUACCUUUUUCGUUCUAUUCUCUGCUUCGAAUUUUUGCAGUCGAUUUGUAUAGUUUGUUUCUUUGCACAACCAAGACCACGUGUGCGUUCCUGGUCUAGUAGUAGUACGAAUCAGAGAGAGGGUUCUUCUGUGCUGAUUAGGUUAAGCUGUAUGCAGCACAGUGAUAAUAACAUGGAAACCUCCAAACUCAGUAACAGUACUCAAAAUAUUCGAUGCCAUCACUGCGCAGGACCCCUUUCAAACCGCAUGGAAACUAGUCUCUGGACCGUUUCGCCUCUCAUCAGGGAUAGCUUCUCUAUGAUUGGUUCUGCCGUUGGCGGCACGGCGAGUGCAUUUUAUGGAUUCAAUCUUGUUAUGCCAAUUGUCCAGAGAAGAAUAAAAGGACCCAUGUGGUUGCAUUUUUUCAUUGGUGCACCCCCUGUGAUAGUAUUCUCUUCAGCAUGCGCAGGACUGACAGGUGGUGCUAUUCCUGCUGCGGCACAACUUGUUUCCUCCUCUUAUCAUGCAGCAUACUCAUCUCCUACCGUACCUCCGCCAUCAGAGAAUGAAAAUAUUCAAAAGUCAAUAAAAUGAGAUAAUUGCUUUCAUCAUAAUGUGUGUGCUGAUGAGAGUUUUGUUUUUUUACCUGUGUAAAUACUGCUCCAUGAUUUCUGUGAUUUCUUUUUAUCUUACAACACAUAGGUAGUGUUUCACAAUGUAAUUUCAGUUCAUAUGAACCAGUUGCUUAGAUUAGAGAGAUAUACCGGGAAUUCACUUUGGUAAUAACUUAAUUAGAGGGAAGUAUAUAAUGUAAUCACGCCGUUGUC